GUAUAGUUAUGGCGGUGGACGUUAGAGUGCGUCGUAAAAGUUAAAAGGCGGCGCGUCAUGGUGCAGGCUGUUUGAAAAAUAGCGGUAACGUAUGAAAAAAUAAUAUUAUUGUCACAACGGUACACGAUCGCAAUAUUCACCAAGGAGAUCGGAAUGAGGUGGACCGUAUGAUAUCCCUGUGGCCUUUGGGAACGUCCUGUCGAAACAUGCACGACCGUUCUCGAUGACGACGAUAACAGAAUGUAAACAUAUUUUUAUCACGGUUUUCGUUUCCGAGAUAGGAAGAAAAAAAAAAACUAGAACAGUGCACAGACAGCAGCGACUGUUCGCGAGUUGCAGUCGAAUUGUUCGUGGCAACUGAAUAUCACUCGUUGCAUCCAUCUGUUUGCGUCUCCGAGUCGAGUCGUUUAUUGUCUUCUUUAGUGUCUAAUCGGCAAAACAGGUAAACAAUUUUAUUUAAAUUUAUUAUUUGUUUAUAAAGUCGUUUUAGUUAAUAAUAUUUAUUGGGCACCUAUACUUAGAUUUUGAUUCGAGGGUGGUUGUGGUAUACCUAUUCGCGCGCGCGCAAUUUCAUUCAGUAAUUUACUCGCCGCCUUUUGCCCGUUAUCCCGAACGGAAAAAAUCAAUACGCUCCGAAAACUUUGUAAACAGCAACACCCUGACCUACAUGCCCGGAGACUUUGGCCAGGAUAUCAAGAGAGCGCGCUCGGGUAUGUCAAUGCGACGAGGUAACAAUAUUUUUGUGUACGUUUGGACUUCCAUUCUUUCCUUUGUGGAUUUCGUACCUACGAGCAUUAACGGCACGUCGUCUCGUUCGCAUAUGACAUCCGUCAGUCCAAAACGAUCGCACAUCUAUCGAGUGAUAGGUAAUAAACAGUGAUGCGACAGUGGCCUCGUGAGAUGAUCGGCGUCUUCUGUCGAAAUCCUUUGGUCGUCGCAAUAAGGCAGGUGUUUAUUAGAUCUCUAUAUAAGUUCUUACAAUAAUCGUGAACAGGUAGUUUGAUGGGUUUAAUUUUUUUUUUCCGUAAAAAAAAUUUGAAUUCACUGCUAAACAAUUAUAUUAAUAUCCCACUGUUUUCAUCAAAAACACCAAGACCUUUUCUCGAUUAAUCGCGUGAACUAAUUUUAGAACAAACCUAUGCUAACUUGACAUUGACAAUUUUAAUAGAAUUAUACCUAUAUUUAUCCUCAGGGUUUACAAUCUAAAUUUUAUUGUGUAUUUUAAAUUUGUUAAAGUAAUACAUAUACCUAAUUUGCCCUUGAUAUUUUAAUUCAGUUUUCUGUAUCUAACAAUUUAAAUAAUAAAUUUAUUAGACAUAUUCAAAAUAACUAGUCGCUUUAAUACAUAAAUUGGCCACUUUUAUAUAAUUAACUAAUACCUUUACAUUUCACUAAAUAAAACAUGUUUUUAUAUAACCUUUUUGAUCAAUAAUUUUUUUGACCUAAUUUUAUCUUGUGUAAUAUUCUUGUUAUAGCACAAUGCCAUUAAACAAAGGUGUAAUAUUUUAUAAACCUCUACUUAUACCAUUAAAUUUCUCAAUUAUUACAAAAAAAAUUAUUUAGGUAAAUAUCAGCAGUAUUUUAGAUUAUUUCAUUAAUUGUGGUGGGUAUUUUAAAUAACUUACUAACAAAUAUGUAUUGACAUACUUCAUUAUUUAUACAUUUUCCUUUACUAAUAUUAUAAUAUUCAUUUUUAGACCAUGUAAAUUAUUACCUAACACCAUAAUUUUGUAGUUAAGCCUAACCAAAGGAGUCCACUUAUUUUAACAGCAUGGCUACUACCAAAUCUAGUCUAAGAUCAAAAUGGGACGAGUUUGUGGAUUCUUCUGCUGUUGAACUUUCUGGCACAGGCCAAAUGUCAACAGGGGUCCGAAAUGUAGUUGGUUGGCUUAAACAGGUAUGCUAAAUACAUUUACUUACUUCAGUUUAAAUAGUAUUAUGAAUAUAACUGAAAAGUGUUUAGUUUUAUGAAAAAUACAAAAUACAAAAAUAUAUAAAGGUCUUCUUUAUUAUAUGUACUUAAUAUGCUCUCUAAUGUUUAUCAAAUUAUUACAUUUUUUAAAUAGUAGAUACCUCUAAUCUAUAUUAUAUAUUAGGUGAUAUUGCAAUUAUUAUUCAUGUCAUGUAUUGAAUAUACCGUUUGAAUAUGUAAUUUUAACUAAAUACAACAAUGAAGAUUAAAAAAAAUUAUAAGAAAUUUGAAUGAAUAGGUAUGAAGUUCGUGCAGCUCCUUUAAUUUAAUUUCUUAUUAAUUAUUUAUAAGUUAAAUUGUAUAGAAAUACCUAUGUAAUAACUUUAAAAAACUUUACAAACAUUUAAUAUAACAAUAAGUAUUAAAUAUGUUUUAUACCAUCAGACAUGUAGGGUCCGACAGGUAGUAUAUUUAUUUUUUUGUAUAUAUAAAAGGAAAUUAUAUAAAUUUACUUGCCUUCUAUUUAUUUAUUUCAUAAGAAUAUAAAAUCAAAAAUAUUUAUCCAUUUUCUUAUUAAUGGUUUUUAAUUUACUUUUAUUAUUCCAAUAUUUAAGUUUUUUAUUGAACAAGUACCCUUUAUUUUCUAUUUUUAUAACUAUCAAAAUCGUUAUCUUACAUAAUUUUUUUGUUUUCAUUUAUUUAUUUUUAUCUUUUUUACAUUUAUAAGUAGGUACUUGUGUGUUUCAAUUAAAUUUUUUUCUUAUCUAUAUUUUAUUAAAAAGAGUGUGGUUUAAGUUUAAUAUUAUUUGUACAAUAAUCAUAUAGAAUGAUUAUUUUGGUUCAUUAUUAUUUGUCAUAAGAAUAACCUAAUUAUUAUAUUUCAGAAUAUAUUAUAUUUUAAAUAAUAUCGCGAACCUGUGAUUUCUUUUUGAGGAAAAAAAAUGUAUAAUGCAAUUAUUUUGUACUAAUUAUGAAUUAAAAAGUUUGACUUUUAAGUUUUCUAAAAUGUAUUUUUUCUAUUUUUGUGCAUUAUGUAUAGGCAUCAUUAGAAGUACAACACGCUAGCUUACGAACUCUAAGUACAAUGACUGAUCAUAUGUCUGGUUCAACUCCACCACUGAUAAUACUUCAUUUUAAUGACGUCUACAAUGUUGAACCAAGAGACCAAGAACCGUGUGGAGGUGCUUCUAGAUUUUCAACAAUGAUCAAAUCGUUUGCUCAUCAACAACCUAUUAUAUUAUUUAGUGGAGAUGUAUUUUCUCCUAGUAUAUGUAAGAACAAAUAUUUAACUUUAAAUUUAAAAUUUGAAUGGUGAAUAAUUAUAAACUAAUAUUUUCAGUGAGUACAUUUACUAAAGGUGAACAAAUGUCCAAGGUUUUAAAUGAACUUGGUACACAAUGUGCUGUUUAUGGAAAUCACGAAUUUGGUAAGUUAUUGAAAAUUAAUGAUUUUUAUAAUGGCAUAAAAUAUCUGAGUUGUAAUAUAUUUUGUUAAUUUUUUUUUUUUUAGACUUUGGUCUAGAAGUAUUAUCAGAACGUGUUUCUGAAACAAAAUUUCCAUGGCUAAUGUCCAAUGUUGUUGAUAACGAGACCGGUAGACCUUUGGGAGAUGGUAAAAUCACACAUGUUUUAGAUUGGCAUAACAAGCGAAUAGGACUAGUUGGGUUGGUAGAACGAGAAUGGUUAGACACUUUAGCAACUAUUGAUCCUGAAGAAGUAACAUUCAUUGACUUUGUACAAGCGGGUCGGUCUUUAGGAAAACAACUCAGAGAAGACGGAUGUGAUUAUGUAAUAGCACUGACUCAUAUGCGCAUGCCAAAUGAUAUUAAACUGGCAGAAAAUGUAGAUGAAAUUGAUUUAAUUCUUGGUGGACAUGAUCACAAUUAUGACGUACGUGAAAUUAAUGGCAGACAUAUUAUCAAAAGUGGAACUGACUUUAGAGAAUUUUCUAAAGUAACUGUAAACCUCAAUGAGCCUAAUAAUCCAGUCGAAGUAAAAAAGAUAGAAAUUACCUCAGAUAUUGAAGAAGAUAUCAUUAUGAAAGAAAUUUUGGAUUCAUACUUAGGUUUGUAAUGCAUCCAAAUUAGUUUUGUUCCUGUUCCACGAGAAAAUUACACUUGUGUACUUUGAUUGUUUGUGAUUUCAGAGUUAAAUUCUAAUGAGAUAACUCAUAGCUUUUUUUUUUCAAAAGUUGACAACAAAACAAAAAAACAUUUUUAAAACUAUAUUACACUAAUUAUUAUUUAUGAUACAUAUUAACAAUUAAUGAUUCUUUACAAACAAUUUUUUUUUUAUGUAAACUAUCAAAAAUGUUUAAUCAAUUUGCAAUUAUUUGUGUUAUGCAUUUUAUGAAAGACAUAAAAAACAAGCAUUAAUAGAGUACACUAAAUAUGAAUUGAAUUACCAAAAUUCUAUAUAUUUUUGGAAUUAUUUAUUAUUAUAUUUAUAAUUGUGUAAUAUGUAUAUUUUUUUAAAGGUACAAUGGAAGGAAAAAUGAACGAAGUACUAGGUACAUUUACAGUUGAACUGGAUGGCCGUUUCAGUCAAAUCAGAACUUCAGAGACCAAUCUUGGAAAUUGGGUUUGUGAUGUUUUAUUGGCAGCUACAGGAGCAGAUUUAGUGAUUUUGAAUUCCGGUACAUUUCGUUCAGAUCGUAUUCAUAAUCCAGGGGAUUUUACUUUAGGGGACCUUGUUAAUGUUGUACCAAUGCAAGAUCCUACAAUCGUCAUAUCAGUCACAGGUAAAUAAAAAUGUCCCCUAUUUUAUCUAUUUAUGUAUGACAAAAUGUUGCUUCUCGUGAUUAUUAUUUAUUUAUGAAUAAUGUAUAAGUAAUAUUUAAAUAUAAAAUAUUGUGCAUUUUAUUUUAUUUCUUAUAAUUGUCUAUUAGUUUUUGGAUUCUGACUUACAAAAUGUAUUUUUUUCUUUAAGUUUAUUUUUGGUUUGAAAAAUGUUCUUAAAUAUUUUAUUUCAUUCCUCAAAAAAUAAAAAAUUGGUAGCCUUAGGUUACUUAAAUUUUAACGUUUCAUUUCACCCUCUAAGCACUUCCUUUUUGUUGGUUUUUUGAAUUUUGUUGACUUCUGGGUCACUAUGGGUAAAAGCGGAAAAAAAUGACUAAUACUACUUCGCUUAUAAUCGUUUUCAUUUUUUAUGAUUUAUUAUUGCUGCAUACAGUGUAUAAACUAAACUACCCUAUAUAUCCUAUCUUCCCAACAAUCUACUUACAACAGUGACCUACCCAUGAUUCAUGUUUGGCUCUUUUUAUUUAUGAUUCAAAAUGUAUGUUUUAAUUAAUCCUUAUUUUAAAAUAAUAUUGAAGUGAUGUUUUUGAUAGGAAAACAGAUUUUAGGCGCGUUGGAAAAUGCUGUUUGCAAAUAUCCUAACAAGGAAGGACGAUUCCCCCAAGUGUCUGGAAUUAGUUUUGGAUUUUAUCCUGAAGCAGAACCUGGUAAAAGAAUUGAACCUGAUCUCGUGAGAAUAGGUGACGAGUAUCUAAUUCCUGAUCAAUCAUACAAGUUGGCUACAAAAUGCUAUUUACAUAAUGGCUGUGACGGGUAUACAAUGUUAAAGAACUCGCCUGUAAUAGUAUGUAUUGUAUAAUACUGGUGUAUUGGUUAAAUCAUAAUAAUUAUCAAUUUAUUGUAAAUAGGUGAAUGAUGAAGAAUGUCCUGAGUUAGGGUUAGCUAUUCAAAAUCAUUUUGCCGCUAUUCAAAUGCGACUAGGUAAAUCACGUCGUUUAUCCAAGCACAGACAAAGCUUGGUUACACUCUCUAGAAGGUCUGGAUGUUAAUUUUAUUUAAUUAUUUUGUGUAACUUUAAAUAAUACUAAAAAUUGUGUUCUUAUUGUGCAGACAUAGUUUGGUGAAAUCAAUGGAAGGAAAUGAAUGGGAAGGUGGACCUUCACCUCUUAGAAGAGGAUCAUUAACAUCGCCGAGUUUGUCCAUCCAUCACCAUGGCUAUUCGCAUUCUCCAUCACCUCCAUCUUCUACUCAUCAUUUUCAUCACCAUCAUCAUAAAAUGUACAGGCGAGCUAGUUUUGAUGAUCUAGAACAGCAAACUUGUCAACUGUCUCCGAAAGUUCAAAACAGAAUUGUUAAACUUACUCCACAACUCAAACAAGAGAUGUUGAUCAGUCGACAACGCCAAGAAGAUGAAUCUGUUAUACAGGAGGUUGAUGAAUUUAAUAAUUCACCUCAAGAAAGUUUUGAUCAGUCAUAAAUUACUCAAACAUGGUCAUAGUGGUAAUUAUUUUCAUAAUUUGUUUUUUGUUCCUUUUUCAGCCAAACAUAAUUAAGGCUAUUUUCCAUUUCUAUUUUAUUAAUCUAUUGAACACCAGUAAAUACAUUAUUUAGACCUUUUUUUUAUUUUUCUUCUUUACAUUGGCCCUCUAUAUAUAUAUAUAUAUAUACAUACAUAGUUUUUCAAAUAUCUAAUCAAAAUAAUUUUUAAAAUGUAUUUUAUUUUAUAUCUAUACUAAAAUACUUUCAAUAUUGAAUUUAUUAUAUUGUAAUAUAUAUUAUUAGGUUACCACAGUAAUUAAUUUUAAGGUUGAUACAUCCGGCCUAAAACAAUGUCCAUUUUAAACUAUAUAUUUUGGACAUAAUAUUAUUCUAGUCAUAAAGAUUUAUAAUAAUUUUAUUUUUUUAUAAUAUUAUAGUUUAUUGAAAUUUUUAAUUGGAAUGUAUGUUUUUAUUAAAUUUUAUGUUAUAACUGUUAUUGAAUAUAAUUAUUUAUAUAAAUUAUUGUAUUAAUAUGUUAUAAUUGUUAACUGUAUUAUUUGUGUUAUUAUUAGUGCUAUUAUUACUACAAUAUUAUAUUAUUUUUAUAGUUUAUUAAUAUUAUUUUAAAACCGGUGUGUUAAUACUUAAUAAAUUAUAUUUAUUUGCUCAUAUAAUAAAUUUGAAGAAUUUUGUUUGGUUUAUAUGUAAUCAAAAUUUUAAACAAAUUUCACAAAUGAUACAUUAUUACUCAAUUAAAUUCUCAUUUUUAUAAAUUGAAAAUUAGUUCUAAUCUGUUCACUUAAAGGAUAUCACAUGCUUAUACUAUCGUAAACUGAUUUUUAUCCAAUUAGAAAAUGAAAAUAGAGCAUAAAUUAAUAUUGAUACUUAAUUAAGAUUUAUACUAUUAUUUUAAUACCUAUACCAUUACUGUGCUUCCAUUAAAUGUUUGUUGUGUAUAAAAUUAAUAAAUUUAUAUCAUAUUAACAUGGCAUACUAUAG